AUGGCAUCAACAACUAUUAUCACAGCUGGUAAUGAGCCAGCAGCAGUCUUUGCCCCAGGGAAGAGAUAUAUUGCUGCGUGUACUUCUAUAUUGAUUGUUAACCUUGCCUGCGCACUUGAUGCCACAACAAUAGCAGUUGCUCUCCCAACAAUAUCUGAAGCACUCAAUGGAAAUGCAAUUGAGGCUUUCUGGGCCGGUACCUCUUUCCUCCUCACUUCUACCAUUUGGCAACCCGUAUUCAUAGCACUAUCCCAUGUAUUUGGACGCAGACCGUUACUCUUAUUCUCACUCUUUCUUUUUACAAUUGGCUCUAGUCUGGGAGGAGCAGCACAAAGUAUGCCUUCUCUGCUAGUAGGCCGUUGUCUGCAAGGAAGUGGUGUUGGUGGCAUUCUUGCCCUCACAGAAGCUUUGAUAACGGAUAUGGUACCAUUACGCCAAAGAGGAAAUGCAAUGGCUCUUUUAGGAGUGGUAUGGGCAUUGGGUAGUGUUACUGGACCAAUAAUUGGCGGUACUUUGGCUGAUGAAAAUGUUUGGAGAUGGAUAUUCUACCUCAAUCUACCCAUAAUCGCAAUAGGCUUUGUAGGAUGUGUUUGGUUCUUGAAAUUGGAAAGGAAAGAAAGAACAAUAGAGGAGAAGUUGUCUGAAAUCGAUUACAUCGGAUCGAUUAUCUUUGUUGGGUCACUAACCUCAUUUCUUAUCCCCUUGACUUGGGGUGGAGUGAGUUAUUCAUGGAAAAGCUGGCAUACUUUGGUUCCGCUGCUGAUAGGAGCUACUGGACUUAUCAUUUUCUGCAUAUAUGAAGCGAUGUUUGCAAAGAAACCCAUCAUACCAACUCGACUUUUCCGCAACCCUUCAACGACAAUUGCUUAUUUUUGUACUUUCUUACAUGGGAUGAUCCUCUGGUCAAUCGUCUAUUAUGCCCCCUUCUACUUCAUGUCUGUCCAAGGCUAUACAUCAAUGAUGGCAGGUGUAGCCGCCCUUCCAGAAACCCUUACUAUUGUACCAUCAGCCAUGAUUGUGGGAAUCAUCGCUGCAAAAACAGGAAAAUAUCGUUGGAGUCUAUGGCUCGGAUGGGCUUUAACAGCUUUUGGUUGUGGUAUGCUGUAUCUUCUUGAUGUUGGAACACCGGUUGUGACGUGGGUUUUUUUGAUGCUAGGAAGUGGUAUCGGUAUGGGACUUUUAUAUCCAGCUAUGAGUUUGGCUAUUCAAGCGUCGGCUCCGCAGGAGGAUGCUGCUACUGCAGCAGGAUUAUUUACGUUCUUUAGGGCGUUGGGUCAAACGGUUGGGGUGGCAAUUGGAGGUGGCAUCUUACAGAAUAGAAUGCUUGCCGAACUCAGGACCACUCAAAACUUUGCCAUAAUUGUAUCACAAUUUGGAUACACGAUCGAACAGGUGGCUGCCAAUGUAGUGGCUUUAAUUCCACUCAUUAAUGCUCUACCGCCCGAAAAUCCGGAAGUUGUAGACUUUAGGCUGGUAUCUGCAGCGUCCAUUAAGACUAUCUGGUUCGCCAUGUGUGUAUUUGCUGUAACUGGAUUGAUUGCUAGUUGUUUUAUCAAGAGCUAUUGUCUUGAUCAAGCUCUUGUAACGGAUCAAGGCUUUGCAAUUGGGGUAAAAAGGGUUGAUCUCGAAAAAACAGAGGUGACCAAGAAUGGUCGCGAGUUUGAGACUUCGAAUUCGUCUGUAAAGGUGGAAGUCAAGGAAGUGAUUGAUUCAGCUCACUUAUUAGUAAAUCAGAGUGUCGACAAGGUGAGUGAAUGGGAGAAAUUGGACAUAUUCGGCAACCGGAAAAGCGUCAAGUCGAAUGAUAUAGAAAAGUUGAAGCUUUCUGUUGGUGAGAUGAUGGAAUACUUGAAGAUGCAAGAAGAUACUUGA